GUCAAGUGAAUUUUAAAAAUUCAAUUUUAAAUUUACUUUUCUGUUUUCCCAGAAAAUCAAAAUUUGUUUUUCGAAUGUAAAUUUGUUGAUAUAAUUGCGAUGUCAGAUAAUAAAGACGAAGGUAAAUAUACUGAUUUACCAGGAAAUGUGGAUGAAAUUGUUGUUAGAUUUCCUCCUGAGGCGAGUGGUUAUCUUCACAUCGGUCAUGCAAAAGCUGCUCUUCUUAAUCAACGUUACCAAUUGGCUAAUAAAGGUAAAUUGGUUUUCCGAUUUGACGACACAAAUCCUGAGAAAGAGAAAGAGGAUUUCGAGCAAGUGAUCAGGGAAGAUGUUCAACUGUUGGAAAUCCAGCCUGACAUCCGUUCCCAUACCUCGGAUCAUUUUGAGGUGAUGAUGGUUAAGUGUGAAGACCUAAUCAAGAGAGGAUUGGCUUUUGUGGAUGACACACCGGCUGAUGUGAUGAAAAGUGAGAGAGAGACAAGAACCGAGUCAAAGAAUCGCAACAACAGUGUAGAUGUUAAUCUAAACCUGUGGAACGAGAUGAAGAAAGGAAGUGAAAUUGGUAAAAAGUGUUGUGUCCGAGCAAAGAUUGACAUGAAUUCCAACAACGGUUGUAUGAGAGAUCCAACAAUCUACCGGUGCAAAGAAAUGGCUCAUCCCAAGACCGGUGACAAAUACAAAGUUUAUCCUACUUAUGAUUUCGCUUGUCCAAUUGUGGACAGUUUAGAAGGUGUGACUCAUGCACUACGAACAACUGAAUAUGAGGAUCGAGAUGAACAAUUUGCUUGGUUCAUUAAAGCGAUGGGACUAAGAGAAGUUUAUAUUGUCUCAUAUGCGCGUUUAAAUAUGAUGAAUACUGUUUUAUCCAAGAGAAAGUUAACUUGGUUUGUGGAUCAAGGAAUCGUUGAUGGUUGGGAUGACCCUCGAAUGCCAACAGUUCGAGGUAUCCUUCGUCAUGGAUUAACUGUUGAAGGAUUGAAACAAUUCAUCAUCGCCCAAGGAUCUUCUCGAUCAGUGGUGUUUAUGGACUGGGAUAAGAUUUGGAGUUUCAAUAGAAAGAUUCUCGAUGCUACUUGUAUUCGUCUAAUGGCCAUUGAAGAAAAAGAUUGUGUCACAUUGAAUUUAGAUUGUGUCGAUGGAACAAUUGAAAUGCCGGCUCAUCCUAAGAGAACUGAUUUACCAGCACUCAAAGUCUCGGUUGGACCAAAGAUACUCAUUGAACAAAUUGAUGGUCAACAAAUGAAAGAAGGUGAUAAAGUAACGCUGAUGGGUUGGGGUAACGUAAUUGUUUCCAAAAUUACAAAAGAUGCUACAGGAAAGGUCAUUUCUAUUGAUGGUAAAUUGGUAUUGGGAGACAAAGACUUUAAGAAAACAUUGAAAAUCGCUUGGCUUAAAGGAGAAAGUCAUGUGAGAGCAAAGUUCAUUUACUAUGAACAUCUUUUGAUAAAAUCAUGUUUGGGAAAAGACGAUGACUUCAAAGAUUUUAUCAACAAAGAUAAUGUCAGAAUUGUUGAUUUCCUAGUUUCUGAUACAUUUUUAUCCGAGCAAAAGAAAGGAAAAAUAUUCCAAUUCUUGAAGCGAGGAUAUUUCAUCGUUGAUAGUGAAUAUGAUGAGAAGACUAUUCCUCAUAUUGGUAAAGCGAAACCGACUCAAUUAAUCUCGAUUCCCGAUGGAACCACCGAUCUUAAUAUUUACCCGUUGGGUAUACAAAAAUGGAAGAAGAAGAUCCGGGAAGAAAGUGCUAAAUUAGGUCAAGAUGUUCCAAAAGGAAAGAGUAAAAAAAAUGAAAGUACCGAAAAAGGAGUGGAAAAGCUUCAUAAGAAUUACGAUGAAAUUGAUCCAUCAAGUGAACUCGGUAGUGUCCUUCAAGCGCUUGAAGUGAUUGGUGAGAAUAUCCGUCAACUAAAAUCUGCUAAUUCGGAUAAGAAGAUUAUCCAAGAAAAUCUAAAAAUUUUAGUAUUGAUGAAAGAGAGAUUCAGAUCAAUCACGGGAGAAGAUUAUGUUUCUCCUCCACCACCAAAAUCUGAAUCGAAAUCUGAAAAAUCAGAUAAACAAAAGAUCGAAGAUAAUGUGAAAUCGCUACUCGAAUUGAAAACAGAGUCAAAACCAACACCGGCACCAACCAAGAAUCAAACAAAUAAAAAUGAGAGUAAACAAAAGACUUUAAAAGAAAAUAAAAAGUGUGCACCUAAGAAAGAAACUGUCAAAACGGAAGAUAAAUCAAAUGUUGGUGGAUCCAAGAAACAAUCUCGACUUGGAAUCGAAGUUGGAAAGAAUGAAAAUCUGGCCGAUUGGUACACUGAAGUAAUUACUAAAUCAGAAAUGAUUGAAUAUUAUGAUGUCAGUGGAUGUUACAUUUUACGUCCUUGGGCAUUUGCGAUUUGGGAAAUGAUUCAGAAAUAUUUAGACGAUGGAAUCAAAUCUCUUGGAGUGGAAAAUGUUUACUUUCCAAUGUUUGUCUCUCAAUCGGCUUUGGAAAAGGAGAAAACUCAUAUUGAGGAUUUUGCCCCUGAAGUGGCCUGGGUAACCAAAUCAGGACAAUCCGAGUUAGCCGAACCAAUUGCCAUCCGUCCAACAUCAGAAACUGUCAUGUAUCCCUCGUUUGCCAAAUGGUGUCAAUCUCAUCGUAGUUUACCAAUCAAAGUGAACCAAUGGUGUAAUGUAGUUCGAUGGGAAUUCAAGAAUCCAACUCCUUUCUUACGAACUCGUGAAUUCUUAUGGCAAGAAGGUCACACAGCUCAUGCGGAAAAAGAAGACGCAGUUAAGGAAGUUCAUCAAGUUCUCGAUUUAUAUACAUCAGUAUAUGAACAUCUUCUCGCAGUUCCGGUGAUUAAGGGAAAGAAAACAGAGAAGGAAAAGUUUGCUGGUGGCGAUUUCACUACAACUAUCGAAGGAUACAUUGGAUCUAAUGGUCGAGGAAUCCAAGCAGCGACUUCUCAUCAUUUGGGUCAGAAUUUCAGUAAAAUGUUCGAAAUUAUAUUCGAAGAUCCAAAUGAAGCCGGUAAAAAGCGAUACGCUUAUCAAAAUUCAUGGGGCCUUACAACUCGAUCAAUCGGAGUGAUGAUUAUGGUUCAUUCGGAUGAUAAAGGGCUCGUCUUACCUCCUAAUAUUGCUCCAUAUCAAGUAGUAAUUGUGCCUUGUGGAAUCACAGCGACAACAAGCGAAGAAGAUAAAAGUAAACUGAUGGACGAAUGUAAUAAAUUAAACUCGUUGCUUGUUUCAGCCAAAAUUAGAUCAAAAUGUGACCUUAACGAACAUUAUUCGCCUGGAUGGAAAUUCAAUCAUUGGGAAUUGAAAGGAGUUCCAAUUAGAAUUGAAUUAGGUCCCAAAGACUUGGUCAAGAAACAGUUUGUUGUCGCUCGUCGAGAUACUGGUGAUAAAGUUACUUUCAAUUUAGACAAUGCUACUAAAGAAAUUAGUAAAUUGCUAAAUGAUAUGCACACAAAUCUGUUCGAAGCAGCCAAGAAGAAUCGAGAUGAUCAUUUAGCUGUGGUAACUGAAUGGGAAUCUUUUCUCAGUAAAUUAGACGAAAAGUGUUUGUUGAUUGCUCCAUUUUGCGGUGAACCAGUUUGCGAGGAAACAAUUAAAAAGAACAGCUCUAAAGUUGAUCAAAGUGAUUCUAGUGGACCUUUAAUGGGAGCCAAAUCACUUUGUAUACCUUUCGAUCAGCCCAAGGAAAUUGAUGUCUCAAUGAAAUGCAUUAAUCCUCAUUGUAAAGGAAACCACAAUUUUACACUCUUUUUGGAAGAUCAUAUUAAAAACUUAUACGCAACAUAAUUUAUAAAUCAAAUUUCAAAAACUAUGAACCGAAUUAAAAAAUAUAUUUUCAAGUA